CCACACGCUGUUGUAAGCUUUUCACCCCCCUGAGGUUGAUCACUGUUUCACAGUAAGUGCCCCUCUCACACGGUGCUUCUUUAUUUGUCCCAUUCACAGGGGCCUCUCCUUCAUUGAAGUUUUGUUCCUGCAGCAGAACCGAGGAGGCCAGACCGGCUCACUGCGCUUCCUUCUUACUGUCAUUCAAUCUUUUAAUAUUUUAGGCCAAUGUGUCACUGCAGCCCUGUGCUUGUUCACUGCUGUAUGAAGUAAUGAAUACCACCCCCACCCCCCCACACAGAGGUGGGGCGCUAUUAGACUAUAUAGCCAGCCUGCAAGACGUGACACUGCAUUGCUGUCUGUGCAGAAUUAGCAGAAACUCCACAAUGAAAGGUAUACUGAUCCUGUCUCUUCUCUGCUCGAUGGUGGGCAGCUUCCUGGCGCAGGACUAUGAGUGGGGAGGAUAUGAGGCAGGAGAGGCCAGCAAGGACACCUGUGUGAUGGACUCUGCCUCCUGUGGGUGCUGUCUAAUGCAGCAGAGGAUGCAGCGCUUGGAGUGGCUCUUCAACCACACCAUGGACCAGCUGAGCAAAGACCUGGACCAGGCCAGCAAGAGACUGAAUGACCUGAGAGUGAGCCGCACUGCUUUCUCCGCUGCGCUGUCUACCCGAACCGAGUGCGUGGGGCCCUUCAGAGACAACGCCACGCUGCUCUAUAAGAAGGUGUUUGUGAACCAGGGCGGCGCCUACAGCGAGCAGACGGGCGUGUUCACGGCCCCACGCAGCGGCGUGUACAGCUUCUCCGUGACGGUGUUCAGCGACGCUGGCGCGCCCGGCGCCCGGCUCAACAUCUUCGCCCUGCUGCAGCGGAACGGGCAGGACCUGGCGGGCGUGCACGACGACAACUUCGACGACCAGGAGGACAGCGCCACCCAGAGCCUGGCGCUGCAGCUGCUUGCCGGGGACCAGCUGUCAGUCAGGCUGGUGUCGGGGAGGGUGGUCUGCGACGACGUGAGCCACUACAACACCUUCAGCGGCUUCCUCGUGUUCACCACCGACCCGCUGUAACCCCCCUUAACAAGCACCCCACCCCACCCCAGGCUCCCUGCUCUCUCCUCCACCCCACAGACUUGACGCUCUGCAGCACCCUACGCUUCUCUAUGCGUUUCAACGCCUGCUUUUCAGUACCUGCUUUUAGAGCUUGACCAGGUUCUUGUGACACUUUUCCACAAUUCCUUUACUUUGCUGUCCUUUCACCACAGUAUGCUACAGCCUGCCUUGCCUGUGCUGGCCCCUGCAUUAGUCAGUAUACUCUGCCGAGACGCUUGGGGAAGGGUGCGCAGCUUCGGCGUCAAUACCCCGAGUGGCCACAAGGUGGAGACAUUCCUCAGUAAUGCCUCGUUCCUGCUGCAGCUCGAAGGUCACGCUGGUAAUCUGCUGUUCACGUUUGACGGAGUCAAAACAAAGACAAGCACGGAUUUGAGUUUGAGUUUGUUAGGCAUUCUUCCGCUGGUUUCUUGUGUGCUCUGUGCUAAAAUGUGCUGCAAUGCAAUCAAACAAACAUACAAGUGCUUGGCGUCUCGGUGCUGUGUUUGCUGUGUCUGUGAUUUGUGUCAAUAAAGUCAUCU